UUGGUUUGAUGUCAAUAAAGUUGUUUUGAGGUAUUUUGUUAUUAUUAUUGUGUUAAAAUAAUAAGCAUAUAUGGCUGAUAGUGAUGGAAAUGACGAUUUGGAUGAAGGAAAUGAGGGAAUUGACUUAACAGCAUUUUUAUUUGGAAAUAUUAAUGAAACCGGGCAACUAGAAAGUGAUGUAUUUGAUAAUGAAUCGAGACGACAACUUGCCUCCUUAGGAAGACUGGGUUUGGGUAAUCUAUUAGAGGAUAUGAUGAGAACAGACGAUGACAGCAAAAAUGAAGAUGAACAAACUGAAAACAAUGAAAAUGUAAAUGAAUCAAAUAAAAACGGUGAUCAGGAUAAUAGUUCUGAGAAUAAUGUUGAUUUCAAUGAAAAGUCAUCCACUGCCAUAGAUUAUUCUGAUAUAAAUGAACUAGCUGAAGAUAAUGAUUUCAAAUCUUAUACAAACGAUGGACAAAAUGGGGAUGGGGUUACUGAUUAUGAUGCAGAUGAUGAAGGAAUAGGACCUAGAUCUGAUGCACAGUUAAUGCCUCCACCAAGUGGUUCACCUAUUAAAAAUGCUAAUUCUGAAAGUACCCCUCAGAAAAAACUUGAUACACCACUUGCUGCUAUGUUACCAUCGAAAUAUGCCAAUGUUGAUGUCACAGAACUUUUUCCAGAUUUUAGAGUGGAUAAGGUUUUAAGAUUUUCGAGAUUAUUCGGACCAGGGAAACCUAGCAGUUUGCCACAAAUUUGGAGACAUGUGCGAAGAAAACGUAGGAAAAAACGACACCAUCAUCGGAGUAGUGGCGAGGGAAAAAAUCGUGAUUCUGACUCUGGAUCGGAUCGUGAAACAUCGAGGCUUAAACAUAAAGGAUUUUCUUUAAAUUAUGCUCCAAAUCCAACACCAGAACAAUGUAGAUCAGAUGAUGAGGAAAAACUUUUAAAAGAAGUGAAACCGGGUUUUAACAAUCAAGGCGAUCUUAAUAAUGAUAACGAACAGUCAGGGCCUAGAGUUGCAGAUUGGCGAUUUGGUCCAGCGCAAGUGUGGUAUGAUAUGUUAGAAGUACCAGAAACUGGCGACGGCUUUAAUUAUGGAUUUAAACUCAAAGAUAAAAAUUAUAAAGAAGAGGAUAAUAAUGUAAAUUUGAAUGAAGUAUUACCAGAAGAUGCAUUUCUUAUGGUUUCACAACUUCAUUGGGAAGAUGAUGUUGUUUGGGAUGGAAAUGAUAUUAAGCAUAAAGUUCUUCAAAAAUUAAACUGUAAAUCAAAUGCAGCUGGUUGGGUUCCUAGUAGUGGCAAUCGAACAGCACAAGCUUUCAGUCAACCGGGUAAAGCAGGAACAACUAUUGGAAAUACACCAAUUGGAUCUGGAAAUAGAAUUGGAUCAACACCAUUAACUGGACCACUUGCAAAACAAAAUAAAACUCAAAUGGUCAUUAACAAAGCACAAAGUAAUAUGCAAAGAAAUGAAACUGAUGGAGGAGGUCCAGCUGGAGAUGAUACUUGGUACUCUAUUUUCCCUGUUGAAAACGAAGAACUUGUGUAUGGACAAUGGGAAGAUGAAGUAAUUUGGGAUGCUGAAAAAAUGGAGAAAAUCCCUCAGCCAAAAAUAUUAACUUUAGAUCCAAAUGAUGAAAAUAUUGUCCUUGGAAUUCCAGAUGAUAUUGAUCCGUCUAAAAUUAAUUCAGAUUCGCUACCACAACCGAAAAUUAAAAUUCCUCAUCCUCAUGUGAAAAAAUCAAAAAUCUUACUUGGUAAAGCCGGAGUUAUAAAUGUUUUACAAGAAGAUGCACCACCACCACCACCAAAAUCACCUGAUAGAGAUCCAUUUAACAUUUCAAACGAUAUAUAUUACAUGCCAAAAUCAUCAGAAACGUCUCUACGAUUAAAAGUUGGUGGUGGAAAUUUAAUUCAACAUUCAACACCAGUUGUCGAAUUACGUGUACCAUUUAUUCAAACACAUAUGGGGCCUAUACGUUUAAGAAAUUUCCAUCGACCUCCAAUCAAAAAAUAUUCACAUGGUGCUUUAUCACAACCUGGUCCACAUUCAGUACAACCUUUAUUGAAACAUAUUCGCAAGAAAGCCAAGCAAAGAGAACAAGAACGUAUGGCAUCUGGAGGUGGAGAUGUUUUCUUUAUGAGAACACCUGAAGAUUUAACAGGACGUGAUGGUGAUCUCAUUCUUAUCGAAUUUUGUGAAGAACAUCCACCGUUAAUGAAUCAAGUGGGAAUGUGUUCAAAACUCAAAAAUUAUUAUAAACGUAAAGCUGGUAAAGAUACAGGACCACAAAAUUAUCGUUACGGAGAAGUUGCAUACGCACAUACAUCACCAUUUUUGGGUAUUUUGCCACCGGGUCAAUCAAUUCAAGCUGUUGAAAAUAAUAUGUAUCGAGCACCAAUUUACGAACAUCAAAUUCCGGAAUCUGAUUUUCUUGUUAUACGUACAAGACAGCAAUAUUUUAUUCGAGAAAUGGAUGCUUUAUAUGUGGCUGGUCAAGAAUGUCCUUUAUAUGAAGUACCUGGACCAAAUUCAAAACGAGCUAAUAAUUUUGUUCGAGAUUUCUUACAAGUGUUUAUUUAUCGUUUAUUUUGGAAAAGUCGUGAUCAACCUCGUCGUAUUAAAAUGGAUGACAUAAAAAAAGCAUUUCCAUCCCACUCAGAAAGCAGUAUUCGUAAACGUUUGAAAUUAUGUGCUGAUUUCAAAAGAACAGGUAUGGAUUCUAAUUGGUGGGUAAUUAAACCAGAUUUUCGAUUACCUACUGAAGAAGAAAUUAGAGCUAUGGUCUCACCUGAACAAUGUUGUGCAUAUUUUAGCAUGAUUGCCGCUGAACAACGUUUGAAAGAUGCAGGUUAUGGUGAAAAAUUCUUGUUUGCACCUGCUGAAGACGAUGAUGAAGAAAUGCAGUUAAAAAUGGAUGAUGAAAUUAAGGUAGCUCCGUGGAAUACAACACGUGCAUACAUUCAAGCUAUGAAAGGCAAAUGUUUACUACAAUUAACAGGUCCUGCAGAUCCAACAGGUUGUGGAGAAGGUUUCAGCUAUGUUCGUGUACCAAAUAAGCCUAUUCAAAGUAAAGAAGAACAAGAAUCACAACCAAAACGUACCGUCACAGGAACUGAUGCUGAUUUACGUAGAUUAUCAUUACAAAAUGCAAAAGCACUUUUAAGAAAAUUUGGUGUACCUGAAGAAGAGAUUAAAAAAUUAUCAAGAUGGGAAGUUAUUGAUGUUGUAAGAACUUUAUCUACAGAAAAAGCAAAGGCUGGUGAAGAGGGAAUGACUAAAUUUUCAAGAGGAAAUCGUUUUUCGAUUGCAGAACAUCAAGAAAGGUACAAAGAAGAAUGUCAACGAAUAUUUGAUCUUCAAAAUCGUGUAUUAGCUUCUAAUGAAGUUCUUAGUACGGAUGAAGCUGAAAGUUCCGAUGAAGAUAGUUCUGAUAUAGAAGAAAUGGGUAAAAAUAUUGAAAAUAUGUUAGCAAACAAAAAAACUAGUACACAGUUAUCAUUGGAGCGAGAAGAACAAGAACGACAAGAAUUACGAAAAAUGAUGAUUGAAGGAGAUGUCGGUGAUGCUGAUAAGAAAGCCAAGAAAAAGGAUGAUGAAGACAAUGCGGAACAAGGUGGUUUAGGUCAACAAACAGGUCGUGUUUUACGAAUAAUUCGUAAAUUUCGAGAUUCAGUUGAAAAUAAAGAAUAUACUCGCGUUGAAUUAGUUCGAAAACAAUCUGUAAUAGAUGCAUAUUUGAAAAUUCGUCAAACGAAAGAUGAAGCGUUUAUUCGACAAUUUGCAACAUUGGACGAGGCUCAAAAGGAAGAAAUGAAACGAGAAAAACGACGAAUACAAGAACAAUUAAGAAGAAUAAAACGUAAUCAAGAACGAGAACGAAUGUUAGGCAAUUUGAAUGCAGGAACUAAUUUAAAUGUUGAAACGCCAACCAAUAUCGAUAAAAAUAGCCAAAAUAGUUUAAGUCCUGUUAGUAGCCAGACCACUACGCCACAGACCACACCUGCUACAAAAUUAUCACCAAUCAGCUCAUCACCUCCUAAAUCACGUCGUAAAACCAAACUAAAACCUGAUUUAAAACUAAAAUGUGGAGCUUGUGGUCAAGUUGGACACAUGAGAACAAAUAAAGCAUGUCCUUUGUAUCAAGGUUCUGGUCCAGCUCCUCCAAUAAAUGUAGCGAUGACUGAAGAACAAGAAGAAGAGAUCGAAAAAGAAUUAAAUGCUGAUGAUGAGGAUCUUGUAAAUGUUGAUGGAACAAAAGUUAAACUUUCUGGAAAAUUAUUGAAGCAUGCGGAAGAAAUGAAACGGCGCACUCUUGUUUUGAAAGUUCCAAAAGAAGCUAUGAGUGGUAGAAAACGAAGAAGAGCUGGAGCCGAUUUACACUGUGAUUACUUAACUGCUACUAGGCGUCCUGCAAACAGACGACGUACAGAUCCUGUUGUAGUAUUGUCCACAAUAUUAGAGGCAAUAUUAAAUGAAAUGCGAGAUUUGCCAGAUGUACAACCAUUUUUGUUUCCUGUGAAUGCUAAGUUAGUGUUAGAUUAUUAUAAAAUAAUUCAACGACCAAUGGAUUUGCAAAGUAUACGUGAAAAUUUACGCCAGAAGAAAUAUCAAAGCAGAGAAGAAUUUUUGGCUGAUGUCAAUCAGAUUGUUGAAAAUUCAAAAUUGUACAAUGGAUUGAAAAGUGCUUUAACUGUUGCUGCUCAACGUAUGUUAGCGCGUUGCGUGGAACGGUUACGAGAAAAAGAAGAUCGUUUAAUGCGUUUAGAAAAAGCAAUAAAUCCGUUAUUAGAUGAUAAUGAUCAAGUAGCACUUUCAUUUAUCUUUGAGAAUGUUGUCAAUACAAAAUUGAAAACAAUGCCAGAAUCAUGGCCAUUCUUAAAACCUGUAAAUAAAAAACUAGUUAAGGAUUAUUAUGAUGUAAUUAAACGACCAAUGGAUUUAGAAACAAUAUCGAAACGGAUAUCAGCACAUAAAUAUCAUAGCCGUAAAGAAUUUUUAAGAGAUAUUGAACAAAUUCUUUUGAAUUGUGAAAUGUAUAAUGGUAAAGAAUCACCGUUUACAUUGAAAGCACAAGUUAUGGUUACAGCUUGUAAAACUACUCUAGAGGAGUACGAUGAGCAUUUAACACAAUUGGAAAAAAAUAUUUCAAUUGUUCAAGAGCGAGUGGCGCAAGAACAGGCUGAUAUGGAUCCUAAUUGGCUCGGUACAGACGAAGAUAAUUACACAAUUGCAGAACCUGAUUUCAGAAUGAGUCAAACAAGUUCACCGGAUACAUUUAACAAAACACAUAUGGAUGAUUUAGACUAUGUGGAUGUUGAAGGUGACAGUUCGGCAUUUAAUCAAAUUGUAGACUUGAAAAUUCGCCGUCCUCGUGGACGUCCAAGAAAGAAAACUGCACCAUCGUUAGAAGAAGAUUUACAAUUUUCAAGUGAGGACGAAGAAGAAUUUGAUGAAGUUCCAUUAAGUCCCGGGCCAGAACAAAUUGGUGUUAGUGUACCGGUUGAUCCGUCUGAUAAUAAUAUGGGUAUACAAAUAUUAGGUGCUGAUGAUGACAGUCAACAAGCUGCUGAAGCAAUGGUUCAAUUAGGAAAUGCUGGUUUCUAUCAAACACAACAAUCUGAUUUAGCUGAGAAUCAAUUGAUACAAGAUGAGAGUGUCGAUGUUGAUCCAAAUUAUGAUCCUUCUGAAUUUUUAAUGGCUGGUUUACCACAAAAGAAGGAAGAAAAAGUUGAGACUAUAAGCGCGCCUGCAGAUAGGGAAAUACAUAACGAUUUAGCUGUGAGUGAUAGUGAUGAAGAAAUGUUAAAUCAAAGUAAUCCACCUCUUGACGAUGAAGAUGGUGAUUUGUAUUUUUAAAAUGAAGCAAAUAUAUUUAUUAUUUUUUA